AUCCUGUCCUUUUUUCGCGUGUUGCAAUGGCUUCUGGUGGUGAACCCGGGUCUGCGGCUUUAUUGCCGAUGGUAUAUGAAUAUCUGAAAGCAACAUGCAAAGACGUUGCAGAUAACUUGAAGAAGAAACUAAAAGUUAAUCCUCCUGAAAGUGGAUCUCCUAAAUUGCAGGAACUUUACAGUCAUUGGAAUCAAUCUGGAGGAAAAAGAAAGCAGUCUGCUUCAGGCGGAGGGGUUGCAAAAAAAUUGAAGACAACAGACUCUAGCAGUGACGACUCAAGUGAUUCUGACUCGGAUGGCGAACCAAAAACAACCAAGCCUAAAGCCAAGUAUGGCAAUGUUCCACCACCCUCAAGUCUGACCAGUCCAACAGCAACUGGUGAUGCCAAGAAAACCCCAAAGAAACGGCCUGCGAAGGACAGUAGCAGUUCAGAUAGUGCUAGUUCAGACAGCUCUGAUGACGACAAGAAGAAAAAGAAAGCAACUACGCCGGCUAAAGCUUCUGCAAUCAAACCUACACCCAGUAAAAAGGCUAAGCAGGAGUCAUCAAGUUCUAGCUCAGAUUCCAGCUCAGAAGAAGAUACCAAAGCAGUCACAAAAGCAAAGACUGCAACUACUCCAGUUUCUAGUAAGGGGAAAAGUGUGUCCAAGAAAAAUGAUAGCAGUGACAGCGAUUCCGAGUCAAGCUCAUCAGAAGAAAGUAGCAAGAAAGUGAAAAAGACCAAAUUAACCGGAGCAAAGACAGUGCAAAAGAAAAAGGCAGAAAGUAGCAGUGAUGACUCUAGCGAUUCCAGUUCUGAUGAGGAUGCUAAACCGGCUGUAAAAGCUAAACCCGUUACCAAGGCUACACCAACAAAGGCUGCUGUCUCAGCAAAGAAGGCUGCUGACAGUGACAGCAGUGAUUCUAGCAGUGAUUCUUCAGACUCUGACAGUGAUUCAAAGAAAAAGACCAAACCUACUUCAAAACCAGCUGGACCAGUUUUAAAGAAAGUUCCUGCAAAGAAAGCCAAUAGCAGCAGCAGUAGUGACUCCAGUGAUUCCAGCUCAGAGGAUGAAAAGGCAAAAGCAACUCCUUCCAAGAAGCCAGUAGCCUCAACUAAACCAGCUGCAUCGACAAAGAAAAAGGAUGAUAGUAGUAGUAGUGAUUCAAGUGACUCUAGUUCAGACGAAGAUAAGAAAGCGAAAGUAACACCCGCUAAAAAGGCAACAACACCAGCUAAAGCAACACCAGCUAAAGCAACACCAGCAAAGAAAAAGGAUGAUAGUAGUAGUAGUGAUUCAAGUGACUCUAGUUCAGAUGAAGACAAGAAAUCUAAAGCAAAAGUAACACCCGCUAAAAAGGCAACCCCAGCUAAAGCAACACCAGAGAAGAAAAAGGAUGACAGUAGCAGUAGUGAUUCAAGUGACUCUAGUUCAGACGAGGAUGAGAAAACAAAAGCUAAAGUAACGCCCGCUAAAAAGGCAGCAACCCCAGCUAAAGCAACACCAGCAAAGAAAAAGGAUGAUAGCAGUAGUGAUUCAAGUGACUCUAGUUCAGAUGAAGACAAGAAAUCUAAAGCGAAAGUAACACCCGCUAAAAAGGCAACUCCAGCUAAAGCAACACCAGCGAAGAAAAAGGAUGAUAGUAGUAGUAGUGAUUCAAGUGACUCUAGUUCAGAUGAAGACAAGAAAUCUAAAGCGAAAGUAACGCCCGCUAAAAAGUCAACCCCAGCUAAAGCAACACCAGCAAAGAAAAAGGAUGACAGUAGCAGUAGUGAUUCAAGUGACUCUAGUUCAGAUGAAGACAAGAAAUCUAAAGCUAAAGUAACACCCACUAAAAAGGCAACCCCAGCUAAAGCAACACCAGCGAAGAAAAAGGAUGACAGUAGUAGUAGUGAUUCAAGUGACUCUAGUUCAGAUGAAGACAAGAAAUCUAAAGCUAAAGUAACACCCACUAAAAAGGCAACCCCAGCUAAAGCAACACCAGCAAAGAAAAAGGAUGAUAGUAGUAGCAGUGAUUCAAGUGACUCUAGUUCAGAUGAAGAUGAGAAAGCGAAAGCAAAAGUAACGCCCGCUAAAAAAGCAACUCCCGCUAAAGCAACACCAGCGAAGAAAAAGGAUGAUAGUAGUAGUAGCGAUUCAAGUGACUCUAGUUCAGAUGAAGACAAGAAAUCUAAAGCAAAAGUAACGCCCGCUAAAAAGGCAACUCCAGCUAAAGCAACACCAGCGAAGAAAAAGGAUGACAGUAGUAGUAGUGAUUCAAGUGACUCUAGUUCAGAUGAAGAUGAGAAAUCUAAAGCAAAAGUAACGCCCGCUAAAAAAGCAACUCCAGCUAAAGCAACACCAGCGAAGAAAAAGGAUGAUAGUAGUAGUAGUGAUUCAAGUGACUCUAGUUCAGAUGAAGAUGAGAAAUCGAAAGCUAAAGUAACACCCACUAAAAAGGCAACCCCAGCUAAAGCAACACCAGCAAAGAAAAAGGAUGAUAGUAGUAGUAGCGAUUCAAGUGACUCUAGUUCAGAUGAGGACGAGAAAUCAAAAUCAAAGAAAAAACCAGUUACACCAUCAAGUGUAAGUAAAGUGUCUCAAAAGAAAGCACAAGCUUCUAGUAGUUCCAGUGACUCUGACUCUUCAGAUGAUGAUUCUGCUAAAAAAAAUACUAAAUCUACACCUAAAUCUCCGAACAUAUCUAAAAUUAAGAAAGAUUCUUCCUCAUCAGAUUCGGACAGCUCUGAAUCUGAAACUGAAACAAAAAACCGUCCAGCAACAUCAACCCCAGCUGUGACCGUGAAAGGGAAGGGCGAUGAUUCCGAUGACCAUGAUUCUGGGGUUUCCUCCAAUGGUGACGGUAAAAAGAUGAUGAAUGGAGACAAUUUCAACACCCCAAAGGAUCAAGAUACACAGAAAAACACUCCAAAAAGUAAAAAAACUCCAAACACACCUUUCCGUCGUGUGAAAUCUGAGCAGAUAUCGGUUGAUACUCGUUUGGGAGACAAUUCAUUUGAAGCUAAGUCUGGUGCCACUGGGUCAUGGGGAGAGCGGGCCAACAAAGAUCUCAAGUUCACAAAGGGCAAAUCAUUCCGGCAUGAAAAGACCAAGAAAAAGCGUGGGAGUUACCGAGGAGGAGCCAUCGACACAUCCACUCACUCCAUCAAAUUUGACGACAGUGACUAGAUCGUCAAAGAGACAAUAGAAUGUGUUCAGACGUACAAGAGAUGUAAAAACAAUGUAUGUUUUAAUGAUGAAACAGAUCCUCCUGUACUCCACCAUUGGAGAAAGACAUUACAACAUGUAUAGGUGAUCUUCCCAAUUAUUGGGAUAUUGUGUGAAUUAAUAUCGAUGAUACAUUACAUAUUUAUGUAUUUCAAUACUUCGACUGCCUCAAAACAGAUUUUGUAUAUAUGUGUCUCCAUGUACAGUUCUUACCGGUCUAUCACACAAAAUAUCUACAAACGUUAUUUUUAACCGAGAUAUAAGAGGACAAGAUUAAUCAUAUUUUUGUGUUGUCAGCAGUUGAUAUGUAUUACUCACUAAGAACACCGGUGUUGUUGUAUAUACUUUAUUGUCCACAAACUAAGUAAGAUUGUACACUGUCUCUUACUUUAUACCUCUUUGAUUAUAGGUUGUCAUUCACAACAACAUAUCACAUGUUGCUAUUUUUCCAUCCAGCAUGUCAUUCAGCAUAGGCUCGUAAUGGGAUAUCUUGUUAUUGGUUGAUUCCAGAGAAUAACUUUUACUUAAUGCCUAUAGAGGAUCAUUUUUCAUUAAAACAGGUAUUUGUAAAAAAUUGAUCACCUGGGUAUCAUAUUUUUCAGGGAGUUCUAUAUAGGAAAUAAUUUGAAUCUAGGUAGAGCCACUUCAAUAUGAAUGAUGAAGUUGGGAGCUAGUACUAAAAGGAUAGAGAGCUGCUAUCGGAGGUUGAGGAUAUUUGAGAAUUGCUUUGGAAAUUGCUAUGUACUGUAGAUAAAAGAAUUAGUGAACUGAAAUUUCUACUUUGUAGCUAUAAGUAGUUGAAAAAGAACUUAAUUGCUGUAUUCAUAAAAGGUUUGGGUAUUAUGGCAUUCUUUUUCAUGGCUUUUCUGAACUUAUUUACAUAGCAAUAAAUAUUAUAAAAAUUCUGUCUGUAAUUCGUUUCUUGAUAAUUCUAAUUGUCAUUUGAUGGAUCCAAACACCAUAUGCUUUCCCAAAAAAUAAAUGCUUAACACCAAAUUGGAGCAUAGUUUUCAGUAACAUCUGAACAGAUUUGCUGUAAAAUGAUUGGCUAGGAGAUUGUUGGAUGAGGGAAUGUUUACCGGAAGUUGUCAAAGGUGCUAAGAUGUUGGUUCAUAUUCAUUUUGUUGGUAUCAUUGCUUCAAUUGUACAAUGAAACUGGCAUCGAUGUUACAACUCUGAAACUCUGUCAGCUCAAUAAAGGUUAUAAAGCAAU